ACAGGAAAUGAUUUUCGCAUCGUGCAGAAGCGCAACGGACCAGUGCGGGAUGUGCGAACGAUGGCGCGUUUUGACGAUAAGGUGCUUAUUCUUGUAGCUUUGAACGUCUGCGGCGAGAACCUUAGGAUCAAUAUAUACGCCGCUGGAGAAGAUCAUGCUAUUUUUGUUGCAAAAGAUGGUUGCCAAGUCUUAUCGGAGCAGUAUAAUAAGUUGCUUACAUUUGGAGGACUAUUUGUAAUGUCACGCGGUCAUUGCUUCAUUGAUCUCUGGUCGAAUGGAAUUGACGAGCAGUCAAACACCAAAGGAUCAGUCACUGUCAAAAAGCAACCAAUUUAUAUGGCACGAGUUUAUAGUCCUGAAAAGAAGCCGAUUGUUGCGAGCGAUUUGUCAAAAGAUGGAAGAGUAUUGGCCUUGUCUACGAACGAGUGUACUACUGUAUAUCAUUUGAUAGUAAAGGGAGGAGAAAAGUUAACGAUACGAAAGAAAUUAACCACAAAACCCGCUUCAGCAGUAAAGAUUAUUGGGGAAUCUGUGCUUUUGGUCACAGGAGAUUUUGAUCUGUGGGAUGCCACUUUUGCGAGCGAGGAGCCGCAGCUUCUACUGCAGCAUUCUGGAUGUGGAAGCGUUUCCCAGUUAGCAGUUUCCCAUUGUGGGAAGUUUGCUGCUGUUAUUACAACACGUUUGCAAGUCUUCGUCAUCGACUUGAAGCUAAAGGAGUCGCGACUACUACGUGUAACACUUCCGAUCGAUAUCACAUUCACUGAUGGUGAAAGUUUAUUCGUUCUCUGCGCUAAUGCAGGAUUCGGCGAGCCCAGCUCCUCAUCAAAAAUUUUACAUGAGAAUUUCUGGCCCCAUCAGGAAGGUUUCUAA